AUGCCAAACCCUCCCGCUCCACGAGCGCGUACCCCUGCUCGAUCUACUCAGUCCGCGGUCAAGAAGCCAAGCUUGCCUCGCAAAAAGGGUCCAUCUGCGGAAGAAUGGGAUCGUGUCAAGCCAUUGAUUGAACGGUACUACAUGGAAGACGGGAAGAAACAGAAAGACAUACUCGUCCUCUUGUCGAAGGGACAUCAGUUUGUGGCAGCUGAUCACAUGUUGAAAGAGAGACUCAAGCAGUGGGGCUUUAAGAAGAACUCGACAAAACAGGAGCACAAAGCCGCCGCCGAAGAAGCAAAACGCUGUGCAGACCUGGGUCUUGCGCUACCCACUUCCGAGAAAGACGGUCGGUCGGUUGUGUGGGAUCGCGUCUACCGUCACUUUGGAUCCGACACUCAAUACAGGUGUUCUUUGCUGCAGAGCGAUGUCGGUUGCAAAGCGAUGUUAUCGAAAAUUUCCCUGAAAGCGUCUCCUCUCGAUCACAAGGUAGAACGCAUGUUGAAUGAAGUCAGACAGCAUUGGUGUGGAACGCUUGAACAAGCCGAAACAAGUUCCUGGGUCAUAGCGAAACGUGAAGCGAAGACGCGCCCAGAUAUCAAAGUUGGGUUUCUCUCGGCUUUAAAGCUCUAUAGCGACGGGGACGCAGCCCACGCCCGACACGAGGUGAACAAGGUGUGCCUCGACAUCCAACUAGCCUUCGAACAACAGCAUCCGGAUCUGAUGCUGGAAAUGAUCCACCUGUUCACCUCAAUGUCCUGGGUCAUACACGCAGAAGUCUAUGCCAAAGCCACCAAAUACGUGCGUAGUUUAUCUGCCAAUGCUCCAUCGCUCGGACCACACCAUCCCUUGACCAGGAUAUUGGAUACAUUUGCCAGUCUUGAGCCGCACAUGGAGCUCCUAGGCACGUGUGCGGAAUUGGCGCUCAAGCUCAUGAUGGAUUUGGCAGAUGCAGGCGGGAACCGUGUGAAGCUCGACCGCGAGUAUAUUUUGUCCAUUGAGACAAUGUACAUCGUCAGCCUUCAAUACAGGCUAGAUAGGCGGGAUGUCAAAGAGCUGCUAGAGAGAAAGCUUACUCACUACAGACGGACCCUUGGCGAGCGCAAUCGUUACACGUUACUCGUGGAAAGUCGACUGGCCAAACUAUACAUGUCUAAUGCCUCGCGAGCACGCAGAGCAGGGGAGAGGCACGACGCAGAGAUAUGGGAGCGCCAGGCCGAGGAAAUUUUUGCCAAGUUCGUGAAAAUGGGACAAAAGAACCCAUACGAUGGUUUGCGGAACGGGAUGUAUAUCAGUGCGGCAGCGGACCUGGGGCGCAUACACUUUGCGAGACUCGAUUUUGCGACGGCACAAGACUAUUACUGCAAAGCCCUGAUCUGGGCGUCUUUCAAGGUUGGCCGUUCCCAUCCCUAUAUUUCGUUGUUGUUGAGGGAUUUCAGAGCACUUCAGAAAAUGGGCGAACUCGGUCUGAUCGAAGUCCCAGUGGAGGACAAGGAAGAUGCUCAGGCUCAGAAGACUGAGAGUGCAAAAGACAACGAACCACAGUGUUUUUCUAGUCUAGAAGUUUGUGGAGGAGCACCCGACGAACAAGUCGAAAUCGACUACAGCCAUGAAUCCUUUGCAACUUUUGGAGAUCCCACUUUCUUUCCACUAGGACCGGAUUUUCUUCCCGACCUUGGGAAUACAAGCGGGCAGGAAGUCCAUGAUGGUAAUGGGGUGGUGGUCCACUCCCAGUUCUUGGACUCACACAUAGAUAUGGCUGCUCAGGAGACCUUCAGCGAAAAGAUGCAGGGGCAGUGCGAUGACCCUAGUACGUGGGACUUGAACGCUGUGUCGGCUGGCAUAUCACUAGACCUCGCUGCUGAGGACAUGUCUGACGAACCUGUCGUCGGAGCCAUCCUCGAGCCGUCGGUAUUCUUCCAGGAGGAUCCACCACAGUUCAAAUAUGACAUGGAUGACACAGACCGUUUCUCGACCUGGCAGUGA